AUGAUAUCUUUAAAAUCAAAUUUUAUAGUUGCAACAGUAUUUUUCAUUAUACAAAUAUUAAAAGUAUUUGGAGAAUAUGAUUUUGGUUUAUAUGCAGUCACAUCAAAUCCGGUUGGUUCAUAUGUAACAGUUGUUGAUACAUUAUAUAAUCAAGUAUUAGCAAACACUUCAUUAAAUUUAAAUGGUUUAAAUGUUCAAAGCCUUUUAGAAGUAGAUUCUAAUUUAAAUGUCAUUACAUUACUUUGUCAAGAUUCAAAAAAUUCAAAUUAUUUAGUUAUUGCAGAUGCUAAAACUGGUGAAAUUAAAAAGAGUAAAGGAAUUCAAAAUGAUGGUUUUAAUAUUAAAAAUAGUAAUAACUAUAUUUAUUCAAAUGCCACAGAUGAUAUUUAUUUACCAACAUUUUCAAAUGGAGAAUUAACAAUUUUACAUUGGAAUUUCAACGAACAAUCAGAUUAUGCCAAUCAAUUAACAGUUAGUGGUGUUUCCGAUAUUGACCCAACCUAUCAACCAAAAGGUGUAUUAUCAUCAAAAAACAUUUUAUAUUUAUUUUAUAAAUCAAAUGAUAAUAACAGUCCAAGUAAACUCGUAUUAUUAGAUGUAAAUACUACUGAUAGUGGUUCAUCAUCAUCAUCAUCGUCGCCAUCAUAUUCAUUACAACCAUUCGAAACUUACUCAUUUAAUAGUUUUGAAGCAGAUAAUGUUGAAAUGAUAUACAUUGAUGGUGAAGAGGGUUCUAAUAUUGUCUAUGCAGUUUAUAAUACCAAUGGAACUACACAAGCAUGUUCUUUUGUUCUCAGUGAACAAAACUCAACUUGUCAAUAUAUUCCUCUUGAAAUUAAUUUAAAUCCACAAAAUUAUAAUUAUAACCCUUAUUUCAUCACAAGUGAUUUAUCAUCAUUUGUUACAUUACAAUCAACAUCGUCAAAUCAAUUAGUAUUUGGACUUUGGGAAUUAAAUUUUGGUGCUGAUUCACCAACUCAAAUCUAUAAUUUAUGGCAAUCAACAAACCCAUCAAAUAUCACCUAUUUUAAAAAUUAA